GAUGGAGCAAUUAUCUUGCCGACGGGGUAAAGUUAACGUUAUAUGGAACUCGCCCGAUCAUCUAUGGAUGGAUCCAUGGAUCCCUAACAUGGGAGUCAAGGCACCUCAGUAUAGGUUGCUGAGAAAUAUGUUUUAUAAACAGCUGAUCUUAUUACUACAUCAUACCUUAGGUUACUCGUGCUUUAUACUACUUCAGUAUACACAGGCGGUGUUGCGCGGUGAAUAUCUUUCAAAAUCAACCUUAGUUCUCCCAAUAUGUCGGACUCCAAGAAAAGGUCAAUCCUUAUCACUGGGUGCGUUGAGACCUAUCCACUCCAUAUUCCCUGGCCUAACCGCUCACCCACCAGAUGCUCCCAAGGGGGUGCCGGUAAUGCCCUAGCCUUGCAGUUUGCUUCCAAGGGCUUCCGCGUCUUUGCGACCGCCAGGUCGCUGAAGACCUUGGCCAACCUUCAGGGGGAAAAUAUCGAAACGCUGACUCUCGACGUCACGGACGCGAGCAGUAUCAAGGCCCUAGCGGCCGAAAUUUCGAGUCGUACAGGAGGUUCCUUGGACAUACUCUUCAACAAUGCGGGCACUCUUUACGAAGCACCCGCCAUCGAGGCAGAUCCCGCCUGUGUGCGUGCACUCUUCAACACGAACGUUUUUGGCCUCAUGGAAGUGACUACUGCCUUCACCCCUCUUCUGCUCGCCAGCGUGAGCUCAGCCUUUUCGCCUAUAAUAGUGAACGUCGCCUCUGUCCUAGCACGCGUCCCGAAUCCAUUCGCUUCCGCUUACAACGCGAGCAAAGCGGCUGUAGCAGCCUACUCGGACACUCUUCGACUCGAGGUGCAGCCGCUUGGCCUCAAAGUCAAAACCCUGUACAUGGGAGAGGUAUCGACUCCCUUGAUGGCGGCGGACAAUAUCAACUUUGGGCCGGAGAGUAUCUAUCAAGUCGUGGAGGAUUCUGUAAAGGCGCGAACAAACACUCACCUUGCAAAGACGAUGGCGCCGGCUCAGUUUGCCCGAGAGGUUGCAGACGAAGUUCUCAGUGGAAAGAGUACCACCAUUUGGAAAGGUACUAAUGCCUUUGCGGUUUGGCUUUUGAACGCGGUGGGACCGAGGAAUGUAUUCGACAGUACCGUGUUGAAGGGGGCUGGACUGGAUAAGGAAGAGGCCAGGUCGAGUAUUUUUAAGCUGGGCCAAGCAAAGGCCAAGAAGUAUGCGCCAGUAUAGCCAGCCUCACAAGCCUUAGGGAUGCGGACAUAUUUGGAAUCCAUAUAGUAAUGUACAAGUGUUUAGUGUUUGAUUUUCCCACCUUGAC